AUGACUUCUAUGCCCGAGGGGUCGCGGGUUGACCCCAUCAGCUCCAUCGCACCGGAAUUUACAGUGGAGGGACAAUGUGAAUCGAAUGGGAGUGCUCCGGCAGAGACGCCCGUGGAAUCCAUGGCUCCCACCAUCGAAGCGCUCGGGAGUGUUGUGGCUGGCAUGACUGAUUCCAUCGGGCUCGCAUUUCAGAAUAUGGCUGAGACGGUUAACAACGCCAACAACCUGGCCGCAUCUCUGAAUACAAUGAUGGAGUCCAUUGUGUUACGAUCACUUCACGUAGAGGUGAACGUGCGAUCUCCGGCCGGUCAAGCUGAUAGAUCCGGGCCCAUUGUUUCCGUAACAGUGCACAACAAUAAUCCGAUGGACCUCCACGACCUUAAGCUGGGCUUCAGUAUCAAGAAGAACCAGGCAAUGGUAUCAACUACGUUCAACAGAUUGAUGGACAAAUGCCAAACUUCAUGUCGGUGUUGUGACACGAACGCACCGAACUUGACUGUCGAUGUACUCAAAGCUGGUGAUAAAUAUCAGGUGGAAUGGUAUAUCACGCUGCCACACUUAGAUCAAGUCAAUAUCACAACGCAAUUAUCCGUCAAAUCACCGGUAUUUAACAUCACAGGAACUGUGCUCCAAACUGAGCAUGUGAGCGGCAUAUACACCAUACAUCAGGUGAAGCGAAGGUUCAUAAACACUACGAGACCACAGAAAAUCCCCGAAACAGAACGUCAGAAUGAAUCGGCACAGGCUGAGAUCUCUGCUAUGGCCCUGAGACAGUUAUUUGAUAUCUCCCCUGUCGAUGGUGUGCCUCUCGGGUCUGAAUUCGUAUUCGAAUCCCAGAACACGGAAACAGCCAAGAAUCGACAAAUACACUUUGUUGUCAUCGGCAUUGGGACCGCGAACGCCGCAAAUCUUGUGCUAAGACACGUGUCGGGAUGCAACGAUGCCGACGAGGAAACACAUGAGCCAAAAAAGUGUACCUUCACCGGCAAGCGCUUGUUGGAAGAAAUGCAACAACUUGCUGUUUAAUCUACCCAGUUUACCAUAGUAGGGUGUCCCAAAACUGAAGAAUCGUCUUCCUGAUCAAUCUGAGCGAUACGCCGUUCUUACCUUUCAUGUCUUGUCAGUAGUCUGACUUCACCCACAACGCUUGUCAUCGAGAGCUCGGCAAAGUUAUCUGAUAUGUGCAAACGCUCGCUCUGUCAAAGUGCUCCAUUUAGGUAUCCGCAGGGCCGAGAGUUUUAAUAUAUAUUACGAUCUCUCACAAGUGCAC